CACAGCCAAUAGUCUGCAAUGGUGUACUAAACCCACACCCGUUUGAAACCUGUAGUCUUUCCAUUUCGCGAUUUCAACCUGCCCUUGACAAGGAAACAACUCUCGCCACAGUCCAACCUUUGCUCGGCUAACAUAUAAACUUCCCCCAGAGCAGAAGUGUUUAAAGAGGAACAUCACUGCUGCUCAAAUCUCCACUCAGGGGCAUACAGAGCUUUAAAGCGACUGAAGGACAGCAGACAGAGAAGUACAGCCGCCAGACACGCGCGUCGGUCUCUCUCAGUCCGCUGUGAAUGUGGAGCGCACACGGCUGCAGCUGAUACUAAGAUAAAGGUGUGUGAUGAGAUGCCAUUUGAAAAAAUGGGUCGUGGUGGCAGCUGGACUCUCCAUCCUGACCAGCCUCUACGUCUACAUGCAGAGAGCACAAUCUGGCAACCUCAAGGGGUCAGUGAUCUGGACCUGGGAUCGUGAAUCUUGGAUGGAGGGUAUUAAAAGCCAUUACCUGCAUUUCAACAUCUCCAUUAAUGUCCUGGGAGGAGUUUUACAGCCGUCCAAGAAGUACCUCACGGUGGGCUUGUCGUCGGUGAGAAGAGAGAAGGGGUUUUACCUCCAUGACACCCUGCAAUCCAUCUUCUCCGAGUCCUCAGAGGAAGAGCUGGAUCAGAUGGUGGUGGUGGUUCUCCUUGCAGACUUUGACUUACCCUGGAUCCAGCAAACCGCGGACAAGAUCAGCCGAGAAUUCGCCGUUCAGCUCUCUAAAGGCCGUCUGCUGGUCAUCCACGCAAAUAAAGAGCAUUAUCCUCCGCUGACCGGAUUAAAGAGGAAUUUUAAUGACGCUCCAGACCGCGUAUCCUUCCGCUCCAAACAAAACGUGGAUUAUUCGUUCUUGCUACACUUCAGCAGCAACCUCUCGCAGUACUACAUCAUGCUGGAGGAUGACGUGGGAUGCUCCAGAAACUUUCUGUCAAGCAUUCAGCAACACAUUCGCUCCAUGACGGACUCCAAAUGGGUGACGUUGGAGUUUUCCAAACUGGGCUACAUCGGGAAACUCUACCAAUCCAAAGAUCUGCCCACUCUGGCUCGAUUCCUGUACAACUUCUACCAGGAGAUGCCCUGCGACUUUCUGCUGUCGCAUUUCCGCAGAUUGCUAAUGCAGGAUAAAGUCAUCCGCUUCCGGCCGUCUUUGUUCCAACACAUGGGAACGUAUUCGUCAUUUCGGGGAACGUACAAUCGCUUAAAAGAUGAGGACUUUGUUCAGGAGCUUGCUGACAAUCCUCCAGCGGAUGUCAGAACUAACAUUCAGGUAUUUCAGACUUACGUCCCGGAGAAAGCGUACAGUCAGGAUGUGGAGUACUUCUGGGGUGUUUCCCCGAUCGGGACUGAAAGCUUCUUCUUGGUGGUGUUUCGGGAGGCGGUGCGCAUCUCUCGAGUGCAGAUACACACUGGAUCGGAUGGGAAAGACGAGCUGGCGUCUGCUGAUGUGGAGUUGGGGAGGGUUUUGGUGACAGGAGAGCCUGCGGUGGAUUGCUCUGGGUUUAAGACGCUGGGUUCUCUUCAGCACGGUCAGUUUAAUGAAGAGGGGGUUCAGAAGCUGCUGCCGGACGCUGUGGUGUGUUUACGCAUCAGAGUCACCGCUGCUCAACCUGAGUGGGUGAUUAUUAGCAGGAUACAGGUCUGGACUGUUAAAGAAGACAAGACCAUCUGAAAUAUUGCAGGAAAAAGUGAGUUUUUGGUCUUGUUUAUGGUUUAAAUAUGUAAGAUUUCUUACAUCAAGAAGCGUUUUCUUGACAAGCACAAAAUAUCUGGUUUUAUUUUCAGAAAUAAUGAGUUAAAAUGAAGAGAGUUUCUCCUUAAAACAAGCAAAAUAAUCUGACAAUGGAGGAAGAAACGAUCUUGUUUUUAUUUUGAGUUAUGAUUCUUCUUACAGCAUUAUUCUGCUUGUUUUAAGGACGAACUCUCUUCAUUUUGACUCAUUAUUUCUGAAAACAACACUAUAUUUUUGUAUUCGUCUAGAAAGUGCUUCCCGGUUUCAGAAAUUUGAGAUAUUUGGACUUGAAACAAGACACAAACUCUAAGUAAGAAUGGUUUAAAUAUCUAAGAAUUCUUGCAUCAAGAUGCAUUUUCUAGACGAGCACAAAAUAUACUGCUUUUUUCAGAAAUAAUGAGUCAAAUUUAAGUGAGUUUUUCCCUAAAACAAGCAAAAUAAUCAGAAAAUGGCGUAAAAUAAUCUUGUUUUCACUUUAGAUUAAGAUUAUGUCGCUUGUUCCUCCAUUGUCAGAUUAUUUUGCUUGCUUUAAGGACAAAUUCUCUUCAUUUUGACUCAUUAUUUUUCUGAAAACAACACUAUAUUCUGUGCUUGACUAUUAAAUGCUUCUCGAUUUAAGAAUUUUGAGAUAUUUGGACUAGAAACAAGAGACAAACUGUAAGUAAGAAAGCAUUUGUGGUGCAAAUGAAGUGCCUGUUGUAAGUUAGCAAGCCUUAAGUCUUUAAAAUACACAAAUUCAGUAAUCUGUGUGAGGAUUAUUAUUAUUAUUUUUGUACUUUUUGCAAGUUUUUUUUAACAAUACCUCAUGAAAACAGGGCUGUUGUGAGAUUAAUAUAUGGAAUAUAAUAUAUGCUAUGGAAUACACCAU